UUGAAAAAAGAAUGCGCUCAUCAAGGGCAGGUUAUGGAAGAAGGCAAGUAGGAGAAGAAUGGAGGGGUGUGUCUCUGUUCGUUGAUGGUAUUGGGGAUGACACGACGUAUUUGGACCUCAGGAGUUUUUUUGCACAAGCGGGACGUAUUAAGGGGGUGUUUCUAUCAAGGACAAAGAAGUCAGGAAGGAAAUCACGGUUUGGAUUUAUCCGGUACGUAUUCGAUGUGGAUGCUCGAGGGGCAGUGGAACAGUUUGACGGUGCUCUACUGAAGAAGGCGAGGUUGUCAGUGAGCUUUGCUAAGUAUCCGAUAAAGCAACAUGUGAAUGGUGGAAGGGUGAUGAAAGGUCAGAGUCCAAGGCAGGUGGAAAAACGAUGGGAGCCAAAAGCUCCUAAGCAAACUAUGGUAUGGAGGAGCAAGGAGGGGAGUCGACAGAAAGGAAGGCCCAGUGAAUUGAAACCAGAUUUUAUUUUCAAAUCACAAGAUGCUGAGAGGGAACGUGUUCAAAGACUGGCAGAAGCGACGUUGUGGGGAGUGGUUAGCAAAGAGAUGGUGCAAGAUUUUUUGAUUACGAAUGGCUUCUCGCACAUUGGGGUUAUAUCCAUGGGGGCGCGGGAGGUGAUAUUGGAAUUCCCAUCAAGAGCUGAGAUGGAGGAAACGCUUCAGGAGAGCAGCGAUUUUCUGAGUCAAAUGUUUCAGGUGUUGAAGCCAUGCUCGGCUAGAUCCGUCGCUCGUAAUCAUUUGAUAUGGUUAAGGUUAUAUGGGGUACCAGUGGUGGCAUGGUGCUACGAGUUCUUCCAAGCUCUGGCGAGUGUGUUCGGAAAUUUGGUGUGCUUGGAUGGAGCUACGUCUAGCUGGUCCCGGUUGGAUGUUGCGCGGAUUUUGGUGGAAUCGACGGUGCCGGUGGUGCGCGAGGGAGUCAUCAUGGUGCGACUGGAUGAUGAAUUGGUGCCGGUGACGGUGGUCAAGGAGCCGGGGUGGGGUCAGCUAGUAGCGGCGCAACCGGUGAGACCUGUUGCCGAUCCAGUGAAUGGGUCUGAUGAAUCUGCGUCGGAGGCAUCAGCGGAGGAUCAUGCGGUAACGGCAGAAAUGAAUGAGAUGCCCGGGAGCGGUUACAAAUCAUAUGACAAGGAGGGGCCGGUUGCCGACAACUUGGUCGUAACGCUUACACACUUGAGGGAGGCUGGUUACAGUGUUGAAGAAUUAAUGGUAUUGCCUUGCUUCAAGCAUCUGAGUAACGCCCAGGAGGAUUUACAUGAGAAGAAUGAAGGAAUGACAGUUUCAAACAUUUUGAAUCCUCAGCCUUCAAACGUCUUGUUAACAAGUAAUGAGGGUGAGAAUUUAAUAGCCAAAAAUCAAGGAGGGAGUUUCGUUGGGUUUAAAUAUGAGGGGAAUGGAGUACGGUGGGGGCAUGGGACGGGCUUUUGGAAUUCAAAUGAUGUUGGGAACAGGUUGUGUGCUAAGCCUUGGAAUGUAUGGCUAAAUUCAAGGAGUGCAGCGAAUUUUUUGGGUGCAAAUUCAAAAAUAAAAGAGUUUGUUAUCAAGAGUGUGGGGACAGCAGAAACAGAAAUAAAAGAUGUGGAAAAAGAGGGCCAGAUGUCAAGAACAGGUUGGUUGCUUAAAAAACCUUUGACUGGAGGAAGAAUCUCAGUGUUAAAGCUAAAAGCUUUGGCGAGGCUUAAUGUUGGUGGGUCAGAAACAUUAAAAAUAACAGUGGGUCAGAAGAUGGGGGCGUCCCAAAUUAAUUUUGAAGAGCCCAUUCCUGCGAAGAAUUGCAAGUUUGAGACUGGGAUAGAGGAUCAUGUUGAAACAGAGUUUGAAGAAAGGGUUUAUUCUGAUGACGCAAUUUUAGCUGCUGUGAAGCAACGAAGGGGGCGCAAUAAAGGAGGGAUUCCAGGCGGUACUCGGGGCAGAAAAUUAGAUGGGAAAAGUCGUGCAAAAAGAGGUAGACCAAAGGGUAGUAAAAACAAGCCGAAAAAGCAGCGGGUGGAGGAAGAGGUUCAUGCUUGGUCAGAUGAAGAUUCAGGCGGUGAAGGCAUAAGUUCUAGAGCAAGGCAGACUUGGAGAUUGGCGAAGCGUUUAGGGGUUGUUUAUAAUGGUGCUGAUGAGGAGAUGAUCAGAAGGCUCGAGAUUCAGAUCAGAGAAAACCACCCUAAUCUACAGUAACUUUCCAGCCUUGAAGUCAAUGCUGGUGCUGAUGGGAGGUAGUAAGAGAAGAUGUGUACAAUGUAUAUGUUAUGUCAUGGAAUUUCUUUGCUGUCAAAUGAGGGUGCUUUGGAGGAUGUGUGUUCUGUCAUUAUAUGAUCAGAGGAUAGUGAUGAGGCAAUUUGGGGUGUAGCUGAAUCUGGUGAGGACCUGGUGAGGGUGGAGGUCUGAGUUGUGUGGGUGACUAUCACUAUGAUGAAAGUAUGAUGAAAGUAUAAUGCAGGGUUCAGGCAGGUAUAAUGCAGGGUUUAUGCAGAUUUUUUUUUUUUUGGGUUGUAUUGGCUGAAAUGUGGUUGAUUAUCUGGUAUGUGGCAUGCCUUAUCUAUGGCGCUGAUUUUUGUGCGUUUGGUUAUAAGAGUGGAGAUAAUUUGGUGGUUUUGUGGAAAGUUUUCAAUGGUUUAAUGGGUGCUAGUUGUUGUAGACUCGGUUCAGUAGAAAGUGGGGUGUGAUUGUGUGACAGAUCAGGCAUAUGUUUCAUGGAGGCAAGGUUGUUAGUGGAUGUGGAUGGAUAAAGGUGUGGGAAUUUGAUGUCUUUCAAUUCUUGCGGGUAAUUAAUUAUGCUGGUGUCAGUAAGGGUGGUUUCUUUGUCUUUUACUGGGUGCUGUCUUAGAAGGGACUUUUAACAAUGAUGUGGAUUGCAGAAUGUGCCUGUGAUGAAUUUGUUCAGAUUGCAGAUUGUGUCCUUUUAAUUUGAUAAUUGAAGGGAAAUUCUAUGGUAUAUGAAUUGGGUGGAAUGUUCAUUGUGGAGGUAUAGUCGUGUCUUUUUUUUUGGAGGGGUAUUACCAUGUUUAAUAUUUGUUCAAUCAAAUCAAUCUUUAAGUUUGGCAGUGGCAGUGGCUAAGUGUUGUGGUGCUGGUAGUUCUGGGGAAUCUAUGCGUGAAUAGCUCGGAAGAAUUUUGUUUAUGGACUGGCCUUUGAAUGGGGAGUUGAAUGCUGGGCAUUGGUUACUUUAGGUGAUAUUUUGUGUCAUAAAAAUUGGUUGAAUACAGGCUGCUUUUGCUUUUUCAUGUUUUUUUUUUUCUGGGGUGGUUGUAAUGGUAUGGCAUGGUGUAUUGUUCAUUUGCUCUUUAUAGUUUGUUGUACUCUUUUUCCUACUCUAGGUUUUUUCCCAUUGGGUUUUACCUUAGAGAGGUUUUAAUGAGGCUCAAACUAUAAGCAAGAGUUGGGUUGCUUUUGGUUGGUUUUCAAGUUUCAUGAGGGUGUUGUUCUCAUGGAGGUUUCAAUAUUAAUAAAGUUAAUCUUUUUGCUGUCAAAAAAAAAAA